AUGCCUCGGAGAAAACCAUCUUUUAAUAGUGUCUUCACCAAUAAGCUUGAUGUUGAGGAGCUUGAGAUGCUUUUGGAAGCAUACUUUGUUCAAAUUGAUGGAACUCUCAACAAGCUUUCCACGCUGAGGGAGUAUGUCGAUGACAGAGAGGAUUGCAUCAAUAUUAUGCUGGAUGACAAACAUAACCAUCUCCUCCAAAUGGGAGUCAUGUUGACCACAACAACUCUGGUAGUGAGUGCCUUUGUUGUUGUGGCGGCUGGUGUUUUUGGCAUGAAUAUUCAUAUUGAACUGUUUGAUAGUGACAAGUACGGGACAAGAGAGUUUAUGUGGAUUGUUGGUGGUGGCACUACUGGAACCAUAUUCUUGUAUGUGGUUGCCAUUGACUGGUGCAAGUAUAAACGCUUGCUAGAAUAA